GAAUAUUCUUUUUUUUUUCUUUUCUUUUUUUGCUUUUCUUUCUUCUCUCCCUCCUAACUAAACUAUAACAGAACCCAAUUCCACCAGUACAGCAAGUAUUAUUACACCCUGCAGGCUAAAACCCUCUUCCCACAAACAUACAUUAAUUUGUUGUCAGAAAUGGGUGGUGGAUCUGGAGCUGAAAGUUUCCUCAAAUUACUCGCGCAGAAUAUCGACGUUCUUGCUGGGCCUGUGGUUAGUUUGGUCUAUCCUCUAUAUGCUUCGAUUAGGGCGAUCGAGACGAAAUCAUCGGUUGAUGAUCAGCAAUGGCUGACAUAUUGGGUUCUUUACUCAAUGAUUACUCUUUUUGAGCUCACAUUUGCAAAGCUCAUUGAAUGGCUUCCUUUCUGGUCAUACGCAAAGCUAAUAUUCACCUGCUGGUUAGUCAUACCGUACUUCAGUGGAGCAGCGUACGUUUAUGAGCACAUUGUGAGGCCAUACAUAGUCACUCGCCAAAAGAGUGUUAAUAUAUGGUAUGUUCCGAAUAAGAAGGAUGUAUUCAGACAGCCAGACGAUAUUUUAACUGCAGCGGAAAAAUACAUCGAAAAUAACGGGUCUGAAGCAUUCGAGAAGAUAAUUCACAGGACUAAUAAAGAGGCAACGUCAAAUUCGAACUUCUCCACGUUUUACGAUGACAACUAUAGGUACGAGGGUGACCAUAGGUACUAACUGUCUUGUGGUUUAGUAUUAUAUUGUACUGAUGUUUCUAUUUUCCUCAGCAUGUUUUUCGGAGCUAACUUGUCUUGUGUAUAAAUGCAAGUUGCUGAUGUAAUAAUAAUGUAAUGCAAGGAUAAUAUUGUAAUUUUCAAAUUCUAAUGAACGAACUUUUAUAAUCUA